AUGCCUCUUCCAGCCCGGUAUGGUCGCUGGGGGCCUAUCUUGGCCUUGGUCAUUCUGACACUACUGAUUAUCCACUUCUUGAAUGCCGAUUUUGGGUCCAAGACCACGCAGGACGUGAUCGAACCCGCCUCAGGAUUGACAAUCGAGGAGAAUAACCAAACCGACCCCAGGACUGGCCAUGUUCCAUCCUCCUGUCCAUCACUACCGGGGAUGGAAGAUGUGCUCGUGGUGAUCAAAACCGGCAUCACCGAAGCGCAAGAUAAGGUCCCAGUGCACCUCCGAACAACCCUCCGCUGCAUCCCGCACAAAAUCAUCGUCUCCGAUUUCGAGGAAGACAUCGCCAACGUGCGCACUUUCGACGUCUUCCGCAAUGUCUCCGACACCCUCAAGCAAGGCAACGGUGACUUCGCGCUGUACAAUCGCGCCCGGGAGGGCGGUCGCCAAGCACUGACCUCCCAAGACCACACGAAAGUCGCAAACGGCCCGACCGGAAUGAUGGACAACCCAGGCUGGAAGCUCGACAAGUGGAAAUUCCUACCGAUGAUCCACACGGCACGCCACGCCCGCCCAGACGCCAAAUGGUUCGUCUUCCUCGAAGCGGACACAUAUCCGAUCUGGCCAAAUCUGAUCGGCUGGCUGAGCCACUUCAAUUCCGAGGAUCGCCUCUAUCUCGGGAACCAGAUGCAGAUCGGACCGAAUCUGUUUGCGCACGGAGGGUCCGGAUUUGUGUUAUCGCACGCGGCUAUUCAUACCGUCGCGGAUUUCCACACCCGCCAUGUGGACGAGUGGGACAAGAUCACGGAUCGUGAAUGGGCCGGCGACUGCGUGCUCGGAAUGGCCCUUGCCAUGGCUGAAAUCCCACUGACUUGGUCCUGGCCUCAUGUCACCACCCAGUCCGUCUGGGAGCAGGAUAUGCUCCACGAUGCCUUUUCGAAGCAACCCUGGUGCUACGCACCAUUUACAUUCCAUCACAUGACACCUGCAGAUGUAGAUCGUUUCUAUCAAUUCGAGCAGCAGUGGUUCGCGGAGACAAAUUCGUCCGUGCUGACAUACAGUGAUGUUUUCCGAAAUCUCAUCCGUCCCACCCUGGCAGACCACUUGGAUAACUGGGAUAACUUCGCCAGCUCGGGCGAUGAUAAGGAAGACUACAAGGGUCCCAAGACGCCCGCAACCCUUGCCGCCUGUGCGGAUUACUGUGCUGCAGAUCCCGAGUGCAUCCAGUACCGUCUGACCGCGGAAUCCCGCUGUACGACCUCGCAAGCAGUCCUGCGUGGUAAGCCCCAGCCGGGAACACAGUCGGGGACGAUGCUGUGGCGCGUUGAUGCCGCAGUACAGAAGAUGGAGCAGUGUGAGAAGGUGACGUGGGUCACUGCGUAA